UGAAAAUCAGGGCCACGAGGGAGUCACUAUUUCUGUCUAGUUAUCUGAUCGGCAUUGCCAUGAAAGUCCUCAAACCAUGCCAUAGUAGUACAUAUUACUACAGGUAACAGCUAUACAUAGUAAUAGAUAGUAUUAGUACAUGAACGUCGACUACGUCUAGGGGCGGAUGGAUAAGAAAGUGCGGGGUGGUAGAAGACUUACAGGAGCCAAGACGCUAGUACGAUUUUAUCAAGGUCAAGAGGCUAGUAGAGUCGGAACGACGAAAUAAAGAAUAUGAUCAACAUGUGGUACUGCCUACCUGUGUGAAGAAGGAAGGCUCUCGUUACUGCAGCUUCUAUCGUUCUUCAAGAAAGCCGUGACAAACAAGAAUAUUUCUUCAACGUUGUCGCGAACCAACAUGUUGGUAUUCCUGUUUAUAAUUAGAAUUAGUGUGUAGUAAAGGCAGUUUAUUCUUAAGAAUAAAACAUAAAAAUAGCGAUAAGGACAUUUCUAGUACUGGUGGAUUCUGCAUAUAUAAUAUAACUAUAAGGGUUGGGACGGUUGUACUACGCGGCAAACUUAUCUUAUCGAAGACAAAACGCACAUGCAGUGCUUCGAGCUUAUGAAGAAUCACACGAAUGAGCUCAGAAUAGAACUACACAUAAGUACUCAUAGCGAUAGUUUUACAACUACCGCAGCACAAGAAUCCUACUACGUUGAUGGAAUCUAUUGGGGUGACGAGUUGGUACUCAUGUUUGAAAUAUGUGUAGCAAUCUAGUCAACAACAGCAUAAUAUUCUUACAACGCAGGAGGCUAAUAUCUGGUUCUGGACUUCGCCUUCGGUCCUUUCAUCACUUCUUAUGUUUUAUCUUUUCGCUCCAUCAUAUUUACAUAUCUAUAUUUAGAAGGUAUAAACAAAAGACUGAAUGCUAUGAAUACACGCGCCAGGUACUUCAUUACACAUGUAUCUAUAAUGUCGAGAACAAUAUUGAUGACCUCGAUCUACCACGUGCGGCUCAGCCCUUCACAUGUUCAUACUUGGUCUUCAUCAAUUCGUUAUUGAUAAGAUCUACUGCUUGCGCGUUUCGCUCCGCUAUGGAUGGUAAAGUAAGCACUAAAGGAUCCCUCGUUCGCGCUGGUUUCGCCACGUCAAGAUUCGUAGGUUCACAACGCUUUCAGAAAGAGACACACUGUUGAAGGUUGAUGAACAAGGACGAGGUAUACUCAUCAAGUUUCAUCUUGUUUUGUCGCAUGGCAAAUAUGUAGUAUAUUCCACUUCAAGUAUAAAGGUAGUUCAAGACAUAGCGGACCACUUGACGAGCAUGAAGAAAACAAUAAGGGUGUUCCAUGACGUCAGAUAGUAGGUCGUUGAGUGCGAAGUCAGUCCUCAGCUCGUUUGCAUAUCGAAGAAGAUCCAUCAACAUAACAAGAUCGCAGAUCACGUGAAGAUCCUGGCGUCUCAGUCCAAUGCAAGAUCCAAGUCAAAUCAAGUCAAUGAUCUACGAAGGUUAUAUGAGUAGAAGAGAG